GGGGCGGGGCCACCGCCCCCGUCAGCCAAUGGGCGCAGAGUGGGCGGAAGCGGCGUCAGGCGGAGGUGGGGCCUGGACCACUUCCGGGUCACGGCGGCGGAAGUGCCUGUCGCUGGGGGAAACGCGGCGGGAGCGGGCGGCAGCCAUGGGGCGACGGAAAUCCAAGCGGAAGCCACCACCCAAGAAGAAGGUGACGGGGACGCUGGAGACGCAGUUCACCUGCCCCUUCUGCAACCACGAGAAGUCCUGCGAUGUCAAGAUGGACCGUGCCCGAAACACAGGGGUGAUCUCCUGUACAGUCUGCCUGGAGGAGUUCCAGACGCCCAUCACCUACCUGUCGGAGCCAGUGGAUGUCUACAGCGACUGGAUUGAUGCCUGCGAAGCUGCCAACCAGUAACGGCCAGGGCAGGACUCUGCCUGCAGCACAACCCCAGACCCCUUGGGGGGAGGGGGGGGAGCUCACAUCGCUGCCCCCAGACCCUGAGGUGGGGGUGUGUCACAUCCCUGCCUCUGGCUUUGUGGUGUUUUCUUUACAUUUUCUACUUUUCUGGCCCUGGGCACAGGGGCUCGGACUCACGCGGUGACGCAGGACGUGUCCCACCUGCUCCCUGGGCAUGGGACCCCUACUCCAUGAGCCACAGGGACCCGGGGGACAGGGGCUGGGCAGGAGGGUGAUGCGUUUUGGCAGAGCUGCCCUCAAAUAAAUGCUCUUGCGGGUCUGG